CUAUUCAUUCAUUGCACAUAAAACAAACCAAAGAUUAUUCCUCACUCACUCACACAAACACACAAAAAAGAAGAAAAAAAGAACCCCUUUUCCAAAUUCGAAAUUCCAGCCCAAAUGUUGCUGCGAGCCUCCAUCUCCAACACGAAGAAGUUCUUCAAAAAAACCAUAUGCAACUUCAAAUCUUUCUUCUCCACUAGCUACCACAGGCUACCCAAGACGCCGCCGCCCUUCGCCGCCGGCCCCCGCAUGGAAAAAGAUUCCACCUUUCAAUUCAUUUCUUCCCAAAAAGAGGUGCAAAGUGGAGGCUUUAUGAAGAACAACAGCAAUGCACUUCAUUUUCCCAACAAAAUGGAGGAGACCCAGAUGGAAAUCAGAGUAGUCGACAAAAGUUAUGGGAGCAUGAAUAAUAUCGGAGCGACCCAUCAAAGGAAAAGGCAAGAAAAUCGCGAUCGUGAAUCUAGUUCCAAGUAUAUUAUUGAUGAGAGGAGAAUGUGUUUGGUUGCCAAGAAAAUCAAAGAGUUGGAAAAGUUAGACUCGAGAAAUGUGGAUCAUGCUUUGGACAUUGAAGAGAUUCUCCAUUACUACUCUCGCCUCACUUGUCCUGCCUAUCUUGAGAUUGUUGAUAAAUUCUUCACCGAGAUUUUCGCUGAAUUCUCUGCUAAUUCGUCUUCUCAACCAUGUCAUACCAUUAAGCCCAGGCUAAUUAGGCCGCAAUCUGUGGGGUUAGUGAAAAGAAGAACAUCUGAUUUCUUCUAGACCAUUUUUAUUCUUUUGAUUUCAUUUCUUUGUAAUGCAUUUUGAUCAUUUCGGUGUUGAUGAUGAUUCAUAAAUGUGUGUAACAUAGUUUGAUUUGAAUGUCUAUGAAUAACAUUGAAUUAUCCUUUUUAA